CUUGUAGCCAUACUGAACAGCCGCAAGCAUGGCAGACGAAGGGAUGAUGCUCAAUUUGGUGAGCAAUACGACGCCAGUGGUUAAGAAGCACAAGGCCGUUGGUGGAAGGUGGACAGACCGAGCAAAGAUCAAUAAGAGGGAGACGAGAAGAGUGCGACAAGCACUACCGAAGCCCGCGCCUGUGUCUGAACCUGUCGAGAGCCAUAGCCAAGAUGUUACAGCAGAAAAGUCGACGGACUACAGGCCAAACCUGAAAAGGAAGCGCCAGGAAGCGUUGAAGGGCAAGGCACCGGUCGAAGGGGAAGAAGCGGAAGAUGAUACACGAGUUGCAGGACAAGUCGUCGCUUCCCUAUUCGAUUAUCAUGAUCCUUUACCAGCAAUGAAACCGGCAGUGAAAAGGACAUCACCCCCCGAGGCCAUCACACCGAGUAAUGCACCGCUCAACAACGAUGACUCGUCGUUCGCGGGGCUUGGCAUUGUUCCCGAGGUUGUUACGACCAUGUCGGAGAAGCUGUCUAUUGAGAAGCCAACCAUUAUCCAGAAGCGCGUGUUGCAAGUCAUGCUCAAGACCGAUAAGGAUGUGUUCAUCCAGGCACAGACUGGUUCGGGCAAAACUCUUGCCUAUCUGCUACCUAUUGUCAAUCGGCUAUGCCAAAUACCAGCGGGUCUACAAUCAAGAGACCGUGGAUGCUUUGCUUUGAUUGUAGCGCCAACUAGAGAGCUUGCACAGCAAAUCUACCAUGUUGUCGAUACGCUGCUCAAUUCACAUCGAGCCCGCUGGAUUGUGCCUGUUCUGCUUAUUGGUGGCGAAAAGAAGAAGUCCGAAAAGGCGCGUCUUCGAAAGGGUGCAAACAUUGUCAUUGCUACACCUGGUCGCUUGAAGGACCAUCUCGACUCAACCAAGAACCUCGAUGUCCGGGCCAUCUCAUGGGUAAUUCUGGAUGAAGGCGACAGACUCAUGGAUCUUGGUUUCGAAGCGACGAUUGUGGACAUUCUCAAAAUCAUUUCUGACCGCGAAGGACGCCGUAUUUCAGCACCAGCAAUGCCGGAACGGCGCAUAACUGUUAUUUGUUCCGCAACAGCCAAGAAGAACGUCGAAGAGCUCGGCCAAACAUCGCUUAGGGAUGCUAUUUUCAUUGAGACGGGCAACAAGGAGUUGCAAGCUGAUCGGCAGCAAUCAGGAACAGUAGCUCCGGCACAACUCAAGCAAGAGUUUCUUGUGGUUCCAACCAAGCUACGCAUGGUCACUCUCGUGGCACUCCUGAAAAAGCUCUUUGGCGGUCCAAAGCCAGCCAAGAAGGUCAUCUGCUUCUUUAGUUGCGGCGAUACGGUUGAUUGGCAUUUCAAAGCAUGCACGCACAAUGAAGCGCCAAUGACGGGAAGUAAUGCUGCUGGUCCAGAAGACGAUAAGCCUGUUCUUCCAAGUAUAUCGAAAGCGCAUGCCUUGUUGCCCGAGGUCACUUUGCACAAGCUGCACGGCUCGCUUGAUCAACAGAUGCGGAAGGCUACAUUACAUGCCUUCGCUACGACCGAAGAGCCUGCUUUAUUGUUUUGCACGGAUGUUGCCAGUCGAGGUCUCGAUCUGCAAGUAUCUUAUGUGAUUCAAUAUGAUCCGCCAUUCUCGAUCGACGAUUACACGCACAGAAUCGGUCGAACGGCUCGAGCAGGCAAGAAUGGUAGUGCUCUGUUGUUUACGCUCAAGAGCGAAAGUGCCUACCUGGAACUCAUACGAGAGACCCUACACUGCGACUUGAAUGAAUUGAAUGUCAAAUUCCUACUCAAAGCUGGAUUUGGUGCACAAUUUGAGGAAGGUGCUACCGCUUGGCAGUUGGCGUAUGAAAAGUUUGCAAACCAGGCUGGUACUGUUGAGCAGGCGAAGCGAGCCUAUACUUCUCACGUCAGAGCAUAUGCCACACACAUCUCUGCAGAACGGAGUUGUUUCCCGAUGCAUGCUCUUCAGCUCGGGCAUGUGGCCAAGUCAUUUGGUCUACGAGAUGCGCCGAGUAAUAUCAAGAGUACUGCGCCGCCGCCAGUCAAGAAGCACAGGAAGCAGGCUGAAGAAGGCAGCCAAGACAAGAGACCAGGGCCAGCAAAGGUACUGGAUGUUGCUGCACGGAUGCGGCAUGCAGUCGCACAGCAGAGUCGUGCUGGUGGCAUGGACUUUAAUAUAUUCUAGCUUUUGGUCGUUAUCUCCCAAGAUAGCUCAAAUAGGUAUUCCAGACAUUCUGCUGACAUCUUGGUCUGUUCCCAAGACUUUCCGAAGUGAUAUGCACCAUGAUUCUUGACUAGAAUGCACGGCACCUUGUUUUUGCGAGCAGCCUCUCGAAGAUCAGGAGAUAACUCUGCUUCUGUGGGCUUAUUCGGAAUGAU